AAUCUAGUUUAUGAUCUGUUUACAGUGGUGGUAGCGUUCUAGUAAAUUUGUGUGUAUUUAUAACUUAGUUUAUAUUUAUAAAAAUUGUCCCUUUUAUUUUUAUUUAUCGUGUAUUCUUAUCAUCAUUGCCUUAAUAAUUGCGUUCACAUUAUUCGACAGAAUAAUGUCGGAUAUUCGUGUUGUUUGAUAUGUGUAAACUAAUCUUCGAUUUGGAUCGCUCGUUCCUCUUACCAAGCCAAGAUGACGAGAAAUUUGUUAUUUCAAUUCGUUUUCAUUUAUUGUCUCAUAAUUCGUGGAUUAAAUGCUGUGCAUUCGGAGGAAAUUGAAAUUGAAGAAGACACAGUAAUUCCAGUCAAACCACAUGAAAAAUGUGAACCACUUAAAAUACAAUUGUGCUUAAAUUUGCCUUAUAAUUAUACAAUUAUGCCAAACAUGUUGGGCCAUCAGGAACAAGAUGAGGCAGGUCAACGUAUUCAUGAUUUUGCACCACUCGUUAAAAUGAAGUGUAGUUCUGAUUUAAGAUUUUUCCUUUGCUCAUUAUAUGGACCUGUGUGUACAAUUCUUGGCAGAGUACUUCCUCCAUGUCGUUCAUUAUGUGACAAUGCAAGAAAAGGUUGUGAACAUCUUCUUAAGGCAUUUGGUUUUGACUGGCCGGAAUAUUUUGAAUGUUCAAGAUUUCCGGUACAUGGUGGCGAUACAAUUUGUGUUGGACCAAAUAUAACACCAUCGGAAUCAUCAGUACCUACCGAAAUACAACCAAGAAUUCCAGUUUCAGAAUUUAAAGAAUUUCAUCCCUCUUCAUUGUGGUCCAAUGGUCAAAGAACAUUUGGUUAUGGAUUUGCACCGAUGCCUGGCGGUAAAGUACAUGGUUUUGUAUGUCCAGUUCAAUUUAAAAUUCCCCAUGAUUAUGGAUAUUCAUUGAAAGUUGGCGAUAAAAUUGAAUACAAUUGUGGUGCGCCGUGUGAUAAAAUGUUUUUCACUGAGAAGGAAAGAAAAUUUGCAAGAGCUUGGAUUGGUACAUGGGCAACUCUCUGUGCUGUUUCUUGUUUUUUUACUUUUCUCACAUUUUUAAUCGAUACUAAACGAUUCAGAUAUCCAGAGAGGCCAAUUAUAUUUUUAUCAGUGUGUUAUUUAAUGGUGGCACUUGCCUAUGUGAUUGGAUGGGCAGCAGGUAAUUCAAUUUCAUGUCGAGAACCAUUUCCAUCAUAUAAUGUUAAUACAAGAGUCAAAAUGAUAUCGCCAAUAAUUCAAGGGACAAAACAAGAACUUUGUACACUUUUAUUUAUGGUGCUUUACUUUUUUGGAAUGGCUUCAAGCAUAUGGUGGGUAAUUCUCACCUUAACAUGGUUCCUAGCUGCUGGACUUAAAUGGGGACAUGAAGCAAUAGAAGCAAAUUCACAAUAUUUUCAUUUGGCUGCAUGGGGUGCACCAGCUAUUAAAACUGUCACCAUUCUCGCUAUGAGAAAAGUUGAAGGUGAUGUUCUUUCGGGUGUUUGUUAUGUUGGUCUCUGGAAUGUCGAGGCACUUCGAGGAUUUGUUCUCACUCCACUUUGUAUUUAUCUUGUGCUUGGUACUGUUUUUCUACUUGCUGGAUUUGUUUCAUUGUUUCGAAUUCGAACUGUGAUGAAACAUGAUGGAACAAAGACGGAUAAAUUGGAAAAAUUAAUGAUUCGAAUAGGAACAUUCUCUGUACUUUAUACUGUACCAGCUUUAAUUGUUAUCGCUUGUCUUUUUUAUGAGCAAGCAAAUUUUGAUAAAUGGAUGCUCACCUGGAAUAGAGAUAUGUGCAAUCAAAAUGCUUACGCAAUUCCAUGUCCAUUGGGAGAAGAAACAAGUCGUCCUGAAUUUGAGGUUUUUAUGAUUAAAUAUCUAAUGGCUAUGAUUGUUGGUAUUACAAGUAGUUUUUGGGUUUGGUCAAGUAAAACACUCACUACUUGGCGAUUGUUUUUCAAUCAUUUACGUGGACGUCGAACCACUGCCUAUGUUUAAAAGAAAAAAAAAAAAAAAAAUUCUUUUUUACAAGAAAAAAGAAUGCUCUCGUUGAGAUGAAUUUUAGCUCUUAAUUUGUAGAUUUCAUACAAAUGUUUAUCAUAUUUUUAAGACUGAUCAUUUUUGCAUAAUUUUUUCUUUUUUUUAAAUACUGGUAUAUUUUUAAAUCAAGUAUUAUUUUUUUAACUUCGAGUAUUAAAAUUUUAUCGAGAUGAAUAACUUUUUUUUUAAGUAUAACUGAAAUUAAAUUAAAUUUAGGUAAUUAGGUAAAAAAAAAUUUUUUCGAGAAUACGAGAGCGUUCAGAAAAUAUUCUAUUGGAAGUAAUUACUUAAACUGCCAAUCGUAUUUUCGACUUACAAUUAGCAAUUUCACUGCCGCUAAUUCGCCUUUGAAGUUCUAGGUAGCAUUUAAUUCACUUGUUCCUAAAACUGUUACAGCUAAAUUAAGAAAGAAGUUACAUUUUUUUUUUUUUAGAAAAAAGGGAAAGCAAAAAUUGUGCCAAUGGUUGAGUUAUUCAAUUCUCGUUUGCAUUUUAAUAUUUUAUAUAUCGCGAAGUUUACUUUUAUCGCACGAAUUUUUUUUUUUUAGAUUUUAUUGAUAAAUGACGAAAAAUACGUUUUGAUUGAUUAAAUUAGUUUUUUAUUAAUAAUUUUAUAAUUGAUAAAUCGAAUAAUUAGAACUGAAGUAGUUAUCGACACAAUGCUCAAAUUAAUAUUCUCAUUUUUAAUGUGUCGAUAAUAAUUUCUUUAAUUUUCUCUUCAUUUUGAGAAAUUAAAAUAUUUCUUUUACGCUUAAGAAUCUCGAGUAAUUAAACAAAUUUUUAUACAACUUUCUAUAAAUGACAUAGAAACACUUUAACCUAAUACUCAAUAUAAGACUUUUUGCACUUGUUGAUAGUAUCAUUUUUUAUAUAAAUAUAUAUAUAUUAUAUAGAUAUAUAAUUUCAUUUUAACUUUUUUUUUUUUUUUGACAAAACUACAUUGGCAUUAUAUGCGGCUAUGUGUAAUAUUUAUGAAUCGCAAGAGAUCAAAAGAUUGUCAAUAGAUGUAAUGAAUAAAUUUGCAGUUAAUUUUAAGAAGCCCAUAAGACUAAAAACUAAUUUUGUAAAUAAGUUUUAAUUUCUACUAUCGAUUGUGUAUCAUAAGAUAUUUUUAAAUAAUCAUGUACAUAAAUGUCGUCAUACUAGUUUGAUGAUUAAAAAAAAAGGAAACUAAAAAAUACAACUCUGUUGACUCUCAAUGAGUCUGUCCGAAAUUUUUUUUUUUUUUUUGAUUUCAUUGUCGUUUUUAGAUUAAAUAAAUUCGUCCAUUGAAACCAGUCGAGCUUUUGUGUAUGUCAGACAAGAGUUUUUAGUGCUUAAUAGAAAUAUUAUUCGAUGAAAGUAUGCAUGUUUAUGUUACAGCAUACGCGAAACUAAAAUAUUCAACGUGCCUGCACGUAAUGUUGUGUAAAACUGCAAUUAUGCAUUAUAUUCUUUAUAUAUAUUAAUAAACAAGAUAUUCACAUAAAA